UUUGUUGGUGAUUUUAUUAGUGAAACCGUUUACGAGGUUGCCGGGGUACAAUGCCGUACUUUUAUGUACUUUUAUCAUGGCUGUGCAGCAAAUCUCUGGUCUCAUACGCGUCCCCUACCCACUUUUGAGCCAAUUAACGGCUUUCUCAUCCCCCAAAACGACGGUUAGUUUGAGCACCACGCGUACCCCAGAAACCCCCCUGUCCGUCAACUCUCAACCCUCCUGAUCUACUAGCCCCAUCUCAGCUAUCUCUCCCUUGUCUCCCAAGACAUAAGAAGCUUUUUGUCACGACUCCGCUCUUUUCUUGGCGCCCUUCCUCUCAUAACCCUUUGAGAUAUCUUCUACACUGUGUGUAUUCAUAUCUUCCAUUCGUUUUGUACCCCACGACCUCAUAUUGUCGAUUUAUCGAGCUUGCCGAUCUAUACCCUCGGGUGCAAGCUGUCUGCGCGAUAUACCUCAGUCAGAAACUCAACCCGUUUGAACGCGCGUGCCUGUCCUCGUAUUCUGACUCCAACAACAACGACGACGCUCCCUGGGAGCUGACGACUAACUAUUAUUCUGAGCAUUUUGAAAAUCGUUCAGGAUGAAGACGGGCAGCUUCUUUGCUCUCGCCACGGCUGCUGCGGGCCUCUUUGGCCAUGCGGUCGCUAUUCAAGUUGACUUCACUUCGCCCGCUUCCGUGAAGAGCGCCGCAUCCUCCAUCGCAUUCGAUUUGAUGAGCUACUAUACAGGAAACCAAACUGGACAGUAUAACAUCCCGGGGCUCCUCGAACAGCCUCCCGCCGGAUACUACUGGUGGCAGGCUGGUGCCAUGUGGAACACUAUGGUCGACUACUGGUAUAUAACAGGCGACACUUCCUACAACGAAGCCACAACACAAGCUCUGACCUUCCAGGUUGGCGAUGAUCAAGACUACAUGCCAACCAACCAAACAAAGGCGCUGGGAAAUGAUGACCAAGGCAUGUGGGGAAUGGCCGCCAUGACAGCCGCGGAAUACAACUUCCCUAAUCCUCCAAAGGGUCAGCCACAGUGGCUCGCUCUCGCCCAGGCCGUGUUCGCCACCCAAGCUUCGCGCUGGGACGAUGCUCACUGUUCGGGUGGUCUGAAAUGGCAGAUUUUCCGCUUCAACGUCGGAUACGACUACAAAAAUGCCAUUUCCAACGGCUGCUUCUUCAACAUCGGUUCCAGACUUGCCAGGUACACUGGAAAUGAUACAUACGCAAACUGGGCCGAGAAGACCUGGGACUGGACUCAAAAGAUCGGCCUCAUUGAUGCGCAGUACAAUAUAUAUGAUGGCACUGAUGAUCUAAGCAACUGUACCACGAUCAACCACGUCCAAUAUAGUUACAACGCCGGUGUCUGGAUUCUCGGUGCUGCUCAUAUGUACAACAUCACCAAAUCGGACGUCUGGAAAGCCCGCGUCCAAGGCCUCCUCGACCAAUCCAUCAAAAUCUUCAGCGACAACGCCACCGGCAUCAUCAUCGAGCGCGACUGCGAGCUCACCGAGCCCGCAUCCUGCAACACGGACCAGAAAUCUUUCAAAGCCUACCUCACCCGCUGGAUGGCCGCAACCUCCAAAGUUGCCCCUUUCACCGCUGACCAAAUCUCCAAGUUCCUCCUCAUCUCCGCCAAAGCCGCGGCAGCGCAGUGCACGGGUGGGGAUAAAGGGAGAGCUUGUGGUUUGAGGUGGGUGCAUGAUGGGCAGAUUGGUGUGUGGGACGGGACUACGGGGGUGGGCGAGGAGAUGUCGGCGCUGGAGGUUAUUCAGAGUACAUUGAUUGGGUCGACUGCUGGACCUCUCACUAAUACUACUGGUGGGACGAGCCAGGGUAACUACAACGCGGGGAGCAAUGCUAAAACCGCGGCGUCGUUGCUUGAUGACUGGACCCCGACGACUGGCGACAAAGCAGGCGCAGGGAUUGUGACGGCUGUGAUUCUCGCGGGGGUGAUUGGAGGGGUGGCGUGGAUGUCUAUGGCGGAUUGAGGGGGGGGCUUUUGGAGUAGGUGUCGUGAUGAGUCGGUCUUGUUAGAUGGAUUGGGAUUUCAUGGUUCUGUGGCGCGCAGGAAGGGAAUGGGUAGCGCGGGCAGGACGUGGGUAUGGUAUGUGGGUAAGGGACCACGGGUGCCUGGCGUUAUCGUUGCGGUUCUAUAUCUGCUUUCUAUGUUGUAGUAUGUAAGUCCUAUCAGAUGGAAAUAUCUUUUUCUUUCUCGGGGGGUUUAAAGUGCACGUAAACUUACCUCUGUCUCUGCUUUUCGUUGGUAGGUAAGUGGGCUUUUACACGCAGCCCUCUUCUUCCUAUAUUAAAUGACGUUAAACCGGUGAGUUAUCAUGUCUCUGAGAUUCAGCGAGUGGUCGGCAUGUGAAUUCAUUGAUAAUGGACAAGAUCUACAGUCAUCUUGUGUAAUUUAAAAGUUGAAUACACUAUGUUAAUAUAACAUUG